CCCACCUCCACUCCACCUGUGUGUGUGUGUUUCACGUCCCGGCGGAACUUGCCGGCGGACACGCGUCGUCACAGCCGACCAACGGCGCUUGCCCGUUCCCCCAUCCCCCUUGAUUCCUCCGCCAGCCCAGCGGCGGCCACUCUCCACGCAUCUGCAUCCGCAUGGCUCUCCACGCCGCGGCGCCGGCCUGCGCGGUGUUCUGCCGCCUCCCGUCGCCCUCCCCAUCUCACGCCGGCAGCAGACGCUCCCUUCCCGCCGUCGCGAGUCCCCGCGGCGUUGUCUCUGCCGCGCCGCUACGGACACGCGCAGUUCCAACAAAGGCGAUCGUAAACAGUGAUGGCAUCCCUGAAACGAGUGAUUCUCCACAUGUGGUUUGCUUUGGUGAAUUGCUAAUUGACUUCGUCCCAACUGUCAAUGGCGUGUCACUGGCAGAAGCACCUGCCUUUAAGAAGGCUCCUGGGGGAGCACCUGCCAAUGUUGCAGUUGGAAUAGCUCGCCUUGGUGGCUCGUCAGCUUUCAUUGGAAAGGUUGGUGAUGAUGAAUUUGGCUACAUGCUAGCUGACAUAUUGAAGCAGAAUAAUGUCAAUAAUCAAGGAUUGCUGUUUGAUCCUCAUGCUAGAACAGCUUUGGCGUUUGUGUCACUCCGAAGUGAUGGUGAACGCGAAUUUAUGUUCUAUCGUAAUCCAAGUGCUGAUAUGCUACUUGAAGAAAAAGAACUUGAUCUUGAUCUUAUACGGAAGGCAAAGAUAUUCCACCAUGGCUCAAUAAGUCUUAUAACUGAGCCCUGUAAAACUGCACAUAUUGCAGCUGCCAGAGCUGCUAAAGAUGCUGGAGUACUUGUUUCAUAUGAUCCAAAUUUGAGGCUUUCAUUGUGGUCAUCACCUGAGGAUGCUAGAGAUGGUAUCCUGAGCGUAUGGAGAACUGCUGAUAUUUUCAAGGUAAGUGAAGAGGAGGUUUCCUUUCUCACAAAUGGAGAGGAUCCUUAUGAUGAUGCCGUUGUAAAGAAACUUAUGCACUCAAACCUGAAGUUGCUUCUUGUCACUGAAGGUCCAGACGGCUGUAGGUAUUACUCUAAGGAUUUUAGUGGUAGAGUUGGUGGACUUAAGGUAAGUGCUGUUGACACAACUGGUGCUGGCGAUGCCUUUGUUGCUGGAGUGCUAUCUCAAUUAGCCACAGACUUUUCUCUGCUCCAGGAUGAAGGUCGGUUGAGAGAAGCCCUGAAGUUCGCAAACGUCUGUGGAGCUCUCACCGUGACACAGAGAGGCGCUAUUCCUGCGCUGCCCACCCGACAACAAGUGCUUGAUGCCCUGACCAAUUUUGUUGCUUGAAAGUAGCCGUGCACACCUACUUGUGUAUUGUAAUGCUGACCGCCUGAGCGCCAUGUCGAUAGAUUACAGGCGUGAUUUCGCUUGCAUACCACUUGGCAUUUUUGUUGGUGCGUACCAAAGCCCCCCAGCCAAACCAAGUACUCGGUGGAAGAGGUUGUUUCCCGUCGGAUUUUGAUGUGUGAAGUUGUGUGUUGGGGACGUUGGGUUAACACUUUGUGGACGUGUGUGAUGUGUGUGCUGAUGUUGUAAUGCUGCUGGGGAGAACAUGACACAGCGGAGCAGUUUUGGUACCUGAAAACAUGAGCUAUGAAUGAGUGAUUCAGUUAUUGGGCCC